AAGUGUUUUGAAACAUUGUAGCAGGUUGACACAGCGAGCGUUCGCUUCUGUUUCUGUUUCGCGCGGAGUAUGAGAGCGUGGGAAGGAGGUGCCGAGGGCCGCGUGAGCUGAGUCACCGUGAAUCAUCUAUAUGGGCCAUCUUCUCUCAAAAAAUGGUUACGACCUGAAGAAGAAAUCACGGAAGCUGCGCAAGAAGAAGAAGAAGAGGAACUGCUUCCUUCAGGGUCCCUGUAUGCUGUGCUUCAUCGUGCACGGCACCAGCGGGAGCGUCGAGGACGAUUGGCCCUUCGAGAGCGCGGCGGUGUCCAAAGUCGCCGAGCGCUGCGUUCCGCUGAACUCGCCCGAGGAGUGCGCCAGGUUCCUCCUCUCUCCGGGAGAGCUGGCCGUUUGGGAGGGCCAGGGUCGGAGUCUGCUCUCCAAACUGAUUGGGCCCCCGGCGCUGUUCUGUGCCGUCGUCCCCAACUAUUCGGAAAUGGUGUGCAAGCGUAAAUGUGCUGAGCUGCAGCGGUGUACUCCCCGCAAGCAGCCUCGCUGUGCCUUCCAGGAGGCCAUGGAGAACGGAGAGGAGCGAGGAGACAGCCGGUGCCUCCUCCCUUCUCUGCCUUCAUCCUCCUCUUCUUCCUCUCCUUCGGAGGAGGACGGCUCCGGCGUGGGGCGACAUACAGAUGCAGGCAGCGCCUCGACUUCUUCCUCCUCCUCCUGCUGCUGUCAGCCGUCUCAAAACGAAAGCUUGGAGGAGACGAAGAGCGCUGAAAAUACAGACAUUAACCAGCUGCCCUCCUCUAUACUGCUCAAGGUGUUUUCUCACCUGUCGGUGAAGGAGAGAUGUCUGGGCGCGUCUCUGGUCUGUAAAUACUGGCGCGAUCUCUGCUUAGACUUCCAGUUCUGGAAACAGAUCGAUCUCAGCGGCCUCCAGCAGGUUAAAGACGAUCUCCUGGUGAAGAUCGCGUCCCGGAGGCAGAACGUCACUGAGAUCAACAUCUCCGACUGCCGUAACGUUCAGGAUCACGGCGUUUGCUCUCUGGCGUCUAACUGUCCCGGUCUGAUCAAAUACACGGCGUACCGCUGUAAGCAGCUCAGCGACGUGUCUCUGUGCACCGUGGCCAUCCACUGCCCGCUCCUGCAGAAAGUGCACGCCGGCAACCAGGACAAACUCACGGACCACGCUCUCAAACUGUUGGGUGAACACUGCAAAGAGCUGAAGGACGUGCAUUUCGGCCAGUGCUACAGCAUCAGUGACGAGGGUCUGGUGGCGCUGGCGCAGGGGUGCAGCAAACUACAGAGGAUCUACAUGCAGGAGAACAAACUGGUGACGGAUAAGUCGGUGCAGGCGUUUGCGGAGAACUGUCCGGAUCUGCAGUUCGUGGGCUUCAUGGGCUGCUCUGUGACGUCUCAGGGCGUCAUUCACCUCACCCGGGUAAGAGCCAAUCGUUACGUUUGAAGCGACUCACCUGCUAAUGAUUCAAACACGUCCCUCCAACUUCACAAAGACAAGUUAUUUUUUAUUUUGCCUUCACUUUUAAAUCUCAUUAAUGUGUAAUGAGGUGAGUCAUAAAAUGUUGAAGAUCCAGCGCACCCUGCUGUUUGCACA